AUGGCUAUGAACGCCCCCAUGCAGCCCAAUUAUCCUCGUGGCUACCCUCAGGCCGCGCAACGCUCACCGGCCGCACCUCGUCGCGGAGCUCCAGUUCCAGGUCCCGGUGUGCCCAUGCCUCAUCAACAAGUCGCUCAUCCUCAAUACAUGGCGGCCGCAGCAGCAGCUCACCAACGCGGUAUGCCUCCAGUCAACGAAGCCCAUAUACGGCGUAGCCGAAAACCCACCGAAAAAAACAUGCCAGAUGGCAUCGAGGAUUAUGUCAUUGGCGAUGGAGUGCAAGAGUACAAGAAGCUACAAAACAUAGAGAAGCGUCUGGAUUCAUCCAUGGUCAGAAAGAGGCUGGAUAUUCAAGAUUCGUUGGGCCGAUCGGUUAAACACUAUAGGACUUUGCGUCUCUGGAUAUCGAAUACGGUCGAGGGACAGGAUUGGCAAAAGGGCGAACAGAAUGGAAACACUAAUGCACCUGGGGCGGGCCAGUACAAAGUACGAAUCGAAGGCAGACUUUUGGAGGAUGGUAGUCCUGAUGUGACGGUCCCUGGCGAGGACAGCGAUUCCGAAGAGGAGGUGGAAGAAGAAGCUGGGGGAGGUGAAGGUGGCGAAGACGCCGAAAAACCCAAAUCAAAAAAGCGACAACGCUCACGACAGAAACUGUCGCAUUUCUUCAAAUCCAUCACAAUCGACUUCGACAAGACGCACAAUGCAAAGGAUGCCGAUCUGUCGCCUAUAGUAUGGACAAAACCUCAGAUUCCACCGACUGUUGUAUCAUUACCACCUUCUGCUGAUUUUGAUGAAAUCUCGUUCUCCCGCACAGCCCAGGAAAAUGUCAAUAUCACCUUGACUCUAGUCCGAGAUGAGCAGCCCGAACGGUUGAAGGUGAGCCAGGAGCUUCAGGAGGUUAUUGAUCUUGAAGAAGCUACAAGGAGUGAGAUUAUCUCUGCUUUCUGGGAUUAUGUCCAAGUCAAGGGACUGCAAGAGGAUCACGAAAAACGUCUAGUUCGCUGUGAUGCGAGAUUGAGAAAUAUCUUCGGUCGCGAACACAUAUUUUUUCCUGCAGUGGUUGACAGUAUCUCAAACCUCACCUCCCCCCUCGAUCCUAUCAAGCUUCCCUACACAAUCCGCGUGGAUCAAGAAUUCCACAAUAACCCAACACCCACAGUCUACGACAUCCGCGUCGCAAUGGAUGAUACCCUCCUCCAAAAGAUGGUCGCCCUCACCACAAACCCACAAUACACCACUUCACUCCGCCACAUCAGCGACCUCGACGACCGGCUGGCCAUCAUCAUCCAGGCGAUCACGCACUCCAAGGCGCGCCACUCCUUCUACACUGCCCUCAGCCGGGAUCCCGCGAACUUUGUGCGUCGCUGGCUCGGCUCCCAACGCCGGGAUCUGGAGACCAUUCUUGGAGAGGCAGUUCGUGGUGGUGGUGAGGAUGGCAGUGGUCCUGAGUUUAGACGGGGUGGUGAGAAUAGUGCUUGGAAUGCGCCUGUGGCGAGAGAAGCGGUGCGGUACAUGCUUGCUCGUCCAGAGGCUAAUACCGUGUAUCGAUAG